AUGAAAUUUGUCUGGCCACCCAUCGCAAAGGCGCUCGACGAGCGGGCACUGAAAAUCAAGCAUGGGCUGGAGGCUGCUGACAAAGCCAAGCGUGACGCAGCGACUACCGAGGCUGCGCUGAAAGCUGAGAUGCAAGAAGUCAACGCCCAAAGCGCCCAGCGCUUGGCUGACGCCGAGCGCCGCGCCCAGCAAAUCAUAGAAGAGGCCAAAAUCAAAGCCACCGAAGAGGGCAACCGCAUCAUUGCGGCCUCUCGCGCAGAGGCUGAAAAUCAGGCUGUGCAAGUGCGCGAAGCCUUGCGCGAAGAAGUGGCAGUAUUGGCAGUACGCGGCGCAGAGCGCAUUUUGCAAAAAGAAGUCAAUGCUGGCGUACAUGCAGAUUUGCUCUCGCGUUUGAAAACCGAACUAUAA